UCAAGAGUACAAGAAAAGUUAGGCGUGCAAGCACCUGAAGCAGGAAUGAUGAGCAUCGCGUAUCAUUGACGAUACUAUCACAAUCUUUGUUGUCGUCUUUUAAGUUAAACUGCUCUGAAACAAUUAUGAAGUGACAUAACGUUUUUAUGUUUUGUCGUUUGGGUCACCACUAUGGGUCAGCAUUAUUUACCUCAAGCCAGUGUACUAUGUGCAAGUAUCUUCUUUGCUUUCCUAGUGUUGGUCGCCUAUGGGCAGUCUGACUGUGAAUUGGGCCAGUACAGGUCAAGCUCUUCGACGACAGACGUCACUAUUUUUAUAGAAGAAACCCCCUCCUGUAUUGUGCAGAACUUUAGUGUAACAAACAAUUUGUCUAGCAUCACAGUAACAGGAUUGCAACCUGGAGUCACAUACAACUUCAAAAUCAACUGCAGCGGUGUGUGCUGUGAUUACUUCACCACCAACACCUCCAGCAAUCCUACUUUCACGCAAUUCAACUCCACCUCCGUCUAUCUGAACUGGACGGGCCAGCUAUCACUAGCCAAUCAAACUUUUACUAUGCGCCCUGAUCCCAUUAGUAACCUGUCUGUGUCCACCAUCACUGUAAACUCAGUAUUUCUGAGCUGGACACCUCCGAAUGGCACCAGUCCGUAUUACAGAGUAGUUUGGGGUAUAAAUUCAACAUUCCAGAACCUCACAACAAUCCAAAACUCUACCAUGCAAAUCUCACAACUCACACCCGGCACUAAAUACACCUUCCGUGUCACUUCAGUUGCUUCUGAUAACCUCACUGAAGGACAGACUGUUAAUAUAUCCCAAAACACAAGUCCAGCCAAGGUGGAGAGCAUCACGGUGCAGACUGUCAGUAAUGGCAUUCUAAACGUAAACUGGACGGCUCCUUCAGGUCGUGUGGAUUUUUAUAUAGUGAACAUGACGAGUGCGGAGCAAAACAUCACGCAGAACCAGAAUUGCUGCUCCUCCAGCUUCAGUAACCUUAGUGCAGGAAGGGUCUACAACUUCACAGUCACAUCUGUUAGUGGAACCCUACAGAACAUCUCCUCCACAGUAUCUUUUGCCACCAAGCCCAAUCCACCCGAAGCACUUUGGGUGAGUGGCUUUACCAAUACGUCUAUUUCUUUGCUGUGGUCGAGACCUCAACUAAUGAAUGGAGUCAAUGUGUCCUAUGAAGUUUUAUAUACAUUCAACCAAUCGUGCAUGAACUCAACUUCGAGUUCGCUCAACUUGGCGCUUUCAGGUUUAUUAUCGGGCACGCAGUAUGUCAUAAGUGUGGUCACCGUUGGAGUGCAAAAUCUGAAGAGCUCACCUGUACAGCUCACCACAUAUACAGCUCCAAAUGCAGUGCAGAAUCUAAGGACUCCUGCUGUCAGCAAUAAUUCGGUCAAUCUCACCUGGGUCAGCCCUAAUGGAAACUCCAGCCUGUUCAUCUACGUCAUCAACAUUACCACAUUCAACCAGGCACUUAAUACCACAUCCAACAAUUAUCAGAUUACUCAGAUGCAGCCUGGUACUCAGUAUAUUUGCAGCGUCACAACGUACAUUAUGAAUAGCAACAUCUCUGGACCCUCACAGUCCAUACAGUGUAAUACCAAGCCAUUGCCAGUGACUAAUUUAAAUGCCUCUCGCAUUGGCACAACUGGGAUGUGGCUGUCCUGGUCUCGUCAGAGUGACUACAAAUCUACAUAUGUGUACAACGUGAGUGUGAACGGUGGUCAAAGGAUUCAAAACAGUAGUGAGACUGCAUAUGUCUUUAACCUGACCUCUGGGAGCAACUACAUGUUUACUGUGCAAACUAUAGCAAAUGGCAUUAGCUCCGAGCCUGUGUACAUCUCUGCAUUUACAGGGCUCGAUAAAGCAUCAAUUAUUUCUGCUGUGGGAACUACUGAUAGGAUGACAGUGGCAUGGACGCCGCCCAAUGGCACUGUGAGUCUCUACAGCAUCAAAAUCCUGCUCAGUGGAACGGUUCACCAAACGAAAAACCAAACAAAUGAAACCUCUGUGGUGUUCUCAGACCUUCUGCCUGGAACUUUGUACUCCGUUGUUGUUGUGAGCAUUAGUGGACCCAUAAAGGAGGAAAGUAAUAGUGUCCAGAAUGCCACAUUACCUACUCCUCCUCGUGAGUUGGCCGUGACAGCACGGAGCUCUACUUCUCUGAACAUUAACUGGGCUCAACCACUCAACAUGAGCUCAGGGUCAUACAGCUUUCUCCUGCAGUACAGCAGCACAAAUCAAUCCUCCUCAAUCAACUGUAGCCAAAAUUACGGCUUUCUGACUUACCUCAGUGCAGGUGUCCUGUACAACAUCAAUGUGAAGACUGUUGGUGCAAUGGGAUAUUUCAGCACUCCUCAGUAUCUCACCGCUUAUACAAAUCCCAGUGCUGUUAGUCAACUGAAAGUAAAUAAUUUCACAGAAAACAGUAUAUUUUUGAUCUGGGAGCAGAAUGAUGAACAGCAGAAUGGUUACUCCUAUCUGGUCCAGUUCAGAUACCCUAAUAACACAGAUGUGCAAAUGACUGUGAAUAACACCUCAGCACAGCUGCUGUCACUGAAGUCUGCUAGCCAAUACAGCAUCAGCAUUACAACACAGACAGCGGAUGGCACAAAGUCUGAUCCCCAGUUCAUAACAGCCUACAGCAAGCCAUAUCCGGUUUCUGCUGUGCGUAAUGACUCUCUGAAUGUGACUGCCAUAAGCUUGAGCUGGAACCGUCCUCCGGAAUAUCACAUAGGGUUUUCUUAUCGAAUAUUUGUAUCCAACUGCAAAGUAAACAACAGUAACCUGUCUACUUCCACUGAAACCAUCACAGUCACUGGUCUGCAGCCUGGGACCCUGUGUCUGUUCAGUGUAUAUAGCAUCGCAAACAACAUUUCAGGAGAUCCAACGAACAUCUCUGUCUUCACAAAGCCCUCGAUGGUGCUUCCGAAAGUAGAUAAUCAAGGCUCUAAUCAAUCCCUUUUGGUGAAGUGGGAUCAGCCUGAAGGUGGACUGGACUUGUACAUUUUAAACAUCAGCAGUAUAGGAUGGUACAACAGCAAGACACUGAACACCACUGAAAACAAUUAUACCUUUACUCAGCUAAAAGCAGCGACCGUCUACACAGUCACACUCACCACUGUCAAGGGAACCUACCAGGAAACAUCAGGUUCAGUUAACAAUGCAACCUAUCCAAAUAAACCGGGAGGGAUUAAGGUGUCGUACAAGAGCAGCAAUUCACUGUCACUGCAAUGGGAAAAAGCUCAGAACAUGACAGCUGGCAGUUUCAACUACAGCCUGAACUACUGGCCUGGCAAUAACAGCACUCAAAAGUUUUCCACUCCUAACAAUACUUUUUGCCUGGGCAACUUGCAAUCCGGAACAUCCUAUAAUGUUUCUGUAUUUACUGUGGGGCCGAUGGGUUUCGAGAGUGAACCUGUGUUCAAAUACCCUAUAACCACCAUACCUGACCCUGUUCAAAACCUGCAAGUUGUUUCAACGGCAACAGAGAACAUCUCUGUAGUGUGGGUGAAUGUGACAGGGGUCCCGAAGUAUGUAGUGAGUGUGUACACUGAGAAGGCGGAGCAUAUGAAUUUCACAACCAAUUCAAGUACCUACACUUUAAAUAAUCUGAUCCCUUCAACGCAAUACAACAUAAGUGUUCGUAGCAGAACUUCUGACGACACAGAUGGACCUGAUGUGUCGCUGAAGGUUUGCACAGAUGCAGCUCCAGUGGGGAACCUGACCUGUACUGGACCUAAUCUUACUCGAGCAAUGCUCACCUUCUCAUGGAGCCCUCCACCUGGUGGAUAUCAGGCUUUUGGAAUCAAACUGUCCUCCAAUAACUCACAAAACUACAGUACUACUAGUUUCAACUACAGCUUCACUGGGCUCGAGUAUUACACUCAAUACAAUGCCACUCUCUGGACCAUGGGCUGUGGCAAAAGUAGUACAUUACAAAAGAUCCUCUGUAGGACUGGCAUCACAAGACCGGUUCAACCUGUAAUAGAAAAGGCAGUAAACGUGAUUGACAAAAAAUACAACACAUUUACUUUGAGAAUUCAGCCAGAAGUCUUCAAUAACUCAAAUGGUCCUGUGCUUUAUUAUGGUGUCCUUGUGUCCUCCACCACAAUCGUUGCAGAUGGCAAAAUGGAGUUUGGCAAGUACCUGUUAUAUACCUAUGAGCAAUGGAAAGCAAAGCAGUGCUCAACCUAUCUGGCUAUUGUCAAAGAGAUGGGGAAUAGAAGUGUGGAUGAACACACCAUUGUCAUUGGAGAUCAGGCUAAAUCGAAAGUUUGCCAGACUGAAUCAGGUUACGUGAAUGGGGAACUUGAUGCUAAAGGCAGUUACAGUUUUGCUAUUGUUACUUUUACUCAUCUGGUGAUGACGAACAAAUUAGUAAACGAGUCUUAUUCAUACUACUCCAUAUCCAAGUUUUAUCAAAGCACCAUCAUUCUGCCAGAAAACCCAGUGGUAAUUUGCGGGGCGGCUGCAGGAGUCAGUGUCGCUGCUCUUUUCAUUGUUAUCAUCAUCGGUGUGGUGGCUUGUAGACGGAAGGGGAGAAAAGAUGAUUCUUCUAGUGUUCCUAUCCACUCCAUAAGGAGUAAUCCAAUCAAGGUGGAAGAUUAUGAGGCUUACUAUAAGAGGCAAAGAGCUGAUUCCUUCUGUGGAUUUGCUGAAGAAUUUGAGGAUCUAAGACCGGUUGGAAUAAAUCAGGCAAAGGCCAUUGCUCAGGCCCCUGAAAACAAAUCCAAGAAUCGAUAUAAUAACGUCCUACCAUAUGAUUCAUCUCGUGUUAAGCUUUCUAUGCUCAACAGCCAAUUUGAUGACUACAUUAAUGCCAACUACAUGCCGGGUUAUACAAUAAAGAAGGAAUUUAUCGCAGCACAGGGGCCUCUGCCCUGCACAGUCAAUGACUUUUGGAGGAUGGUCUGGGAGAAAAACAUUUAUACUAUUGUCAUGCUUACCAAAUGCAAUGAGCAAGGACGGGUAAAAUGUGAGAAAUACUGGCCAGCAGAGAUGAACCAAUUUAACCAUCUGAAAGUAACGACUAUUUCCGAAAUUCCACUGGAGGACUGGACCAUACGUGACUUUGAAGUAAAAAAUGCGAAAACAGGUGAAGCCCGAUCAGUCCGUCACUUCCAUUUCACUGCAUGGCCGGAUCAUGGAGUUCCUGAGACGACUGAGCUUCUCAUCAACUUCAGGCACCUGGUCCGAGAGCACAUGGACCAGUACUCACGGCAUUCACCCACACUUGUCCACUGCAGUGCAGGUGUGGGCCGGACAGGAACUUUGAUCGCCAUUGAUCGGUUAAUCUUCCAGAUUGAGCGGGAGGGUGUAGUGGAUGUAUUUGGGAUCAUCCAUGAUUUACGCAUGCACAGACCACUGAUGGUACAGACUGAGGAUCAGUAUGUGUUUCUUAACCAAUGUGCCAUGGACUUCAUCAGGUCUAGGACUGGCAACAAUGUAGAUUUGAUCUACCAGAACACAGCUGCCCUCAGUAUUUAUCAGAACUUUGAACCCUCGAAAAAAUCUAAAAAUGGCUACCAUAAGGCCUGAUCCUCUACCCAGAACAUAUUGAAAUGAUGCACUUCUGUAAAAACUUUUAAUUGAUUUAACUCAAUUUUAUUUAAAGAAACCAAAAAACUCAGAAUAUAUUUAUUAAGUAUUUUCAGAAGUAUUUUAUUAAUCAAGUUUUUAUUAAGUACAGAAAUGCAGAAGCAGUGCUGUUUUGUAAGAAUUUAGUUAGGUAAAAAAAGUUAUUUCAAAUAUUUCAUGUCUUUUCCAUUACUUUUUUGUAAAGAUGUGCAAUAACCUGUAAGAAAUUUAUCCUGCUGAAGAAUAUGUGACAAAAGAUUCUUUCUUGAAUAUAUAUAUAUAUAUAUAUAUAUAUAUAUAUAUAUAUAUAUAUAUAUAUAUAUAUAUAUAUAUAUAUAAUAGUCCUACAAUUGUAACUCAGUCUGUUUUGCAUUUGUCUGCUGCAGCUCUUUUCAUUUCGUCUCAUCAGAUAGGUACAAGAUUAAAUCUGAUUAGCUACUCAGGGUUUCAAUAUUUAAGGACAAGGCAUGAGGUGGGUGCAUACCAAGGGCUGUUAUAUGGAUAGGUAAUAGCACGGUUGAAUUUAAUUUUGGGCUUAAAAAUGACAUAAAGUCAUGUAACUUAUUUAUCAUGCAUUUACUUUCUGUUUUAGGCUAUAUGUGCAGGACUAAAUACAAAUCUUUAAGCGGAGUCACUCAUUCGCUGUUAUAAACCAAAAUAUUGCUGUAUAGUAAACUUGUUUCUUUUGUAAAACAUUUCUUUCCUUUGCCAUCCAUCUGUACAAUAAGAAUAAACCCACCCACACCUUACUAUACAUUUGGCAACUUAUACCAGUAGUCAAAUACUAGUAGUGCAUUAAUGAAACGUAGUAAGGACGAACCUUACUAUUUGCUUUAAUUUAACAUCAAUAUAGAUGUUGACCGCAAUAAGUUUUGCAAUAAGCAUUUCAGGUUCAUAAUCAGUUGUCUUUGGAUUUGUUAUAUUUUGUAUAUGAAUGUUCAGUACAUAGCUGAUAAUUUAUUACAAAAAACUGUGCACUUAAAAUUGUUAUAUUUGUACAUAAAUAUAUAUUUUUUUUUAUCUGUUUUUAUCCACAAAGUGUGCAGGGACCAUUUGCUUUGUGUUGUUUUAAUUCUCUGUAUUUUUCUGCACAGAUUUUUUUAUUGUUUAUGGAUACUCUGCUGGUCACAGUAAUUAACAUAUAAACUGUGUAUUAUUGAAAUAAAUAAUGCUGCACUUAA